AAAAGUCGUGCGUCAUUGUAGCGGCUCGGAAUCAAAAAGGAACUUCUUGGAUUAACUGAUUCCUUGUCGGAGUUUAUGAGGAGAUGCCGGCCUCAGCUGGAGCCCAGUUUCUGACUGACGGAUCCGUGGCACCGCGGAACGAUGGAGAUCGAUACGGCAGUGAAAUGUUCAAAGUGGGAUAUUUGGGGAAAAUCUCAGCAUGUUUAGGAGCAGACACACGGUCACCGAGCUGGCUGGCUCCACGGGAGGCGAACAGACGACCCGGUAACCGUCCAGGUUUUGCCAUGGAACAGCUGGAGGACGGCUUCAUCCGUGCACCACAACAUUAGUGCAACAUGUACACCGUCUCCUGGGCUGAUUCUCUCUGAUAAGAGCUGCCAUGGCUCUUAAUAAUGAAAGCCUGCUGGCGGAGUGUGACUUCAUGGAGCCCAACAACGUGGAGGAAGCGGCUGAAAGCCAGCCGUCAGAAGCUUCUCCUCCUCCUCUCAUAUCAGUCACUCUACGCGUGACCCUGGCAGCCAUAAUGAUCUUCAUGAUUACUAUCGGUUUCCUCGGCAACGCAAUCGUGUGUCUGAUUGUUUACCAGAAACCUGCCAUGCGUUCUGCUAUCAACCUCCUCCUCGCCACGUUGGCCUUCUCUGACAUCAUGCUCUCCCUGCUCUGCAUGCCCUUCACCGCCGUCACCGUGGCGACGGCCGACUGGAGCUUUGGGAGCGGGUUCUGCCGGGCCUCCAUCAUGCUCUACUGGCUGUUCGUGCUGGAAGGAGUGUCCAUCCUCCUCAUCAUCAGCGUGGACCGCUUCCUGAUCAUCGUGCAGCGGCAGGACAAGCUGACCCCGCACAGAGCUAAGCUGCUGAUCGCCGGGUCAUGGGUGCUGAGCCUGUGCGUGUCUCUGCCAUCUGUGGUCGGGUGGAGGACGGGUGCUGCGGGUAUCGGAGGUGCCUGGGCGCCGCAGUGCGUCCUGGGGUACAGCGAGUCCCUGGCAGACCGUGGGUACACGGUGCUGCUGGCCGUAGCGGUGUUCUUUGUGCCGUUCACCGUCAUGCUGUACUCUUACAUGUGCAUCCUGAACACGGUGCGCCGCAACACGCUGCGCAUCCACAACCACACCAGCGAGCAUUCCUGCCUGCCGGCCCUCAACCAAGUCAGCAAAAUGAGACUGACCGGGCUGCAGAGGCCGCCUCAGAUCAAGGUGGACAUGAGCUUCAAAACCAGAGCCUUCACCACCAUCCUCAUCCUUUUUGUCGGCUUCUCAGUGUGCUGGUUGCCUCACACGGUGGUCAGCCUGUUAGCCGUGUUCAGCCGGCAGUUCUACUACAGCUCCGUCUUCUACCCCGUCAGCAUCGGAGCUCUGUGGCUCAGCUACCUGAAGACGGUCUUUAAUCCCGUCAUCUACUGCUGGAGGAUCAGGAAGUUCAGGGAGGCCUGUCAGGAGUUCAUUCCUAAAAGCUGCAGACUUUGUCCCAGAGUGCCGGGCAGGAGCCACAGGAGAGUGAGGCCCAGCAACAUUUAUGUGUGCAGCGAGACACAAUCAGCUGUGUGAAGCUGUUCUUGACUCUUAUUUACCCUCAAAAUAGGCAAUCAGAUCCUAUUAACUCUCCUGUUGUGUUCAUUUACCUUGUCUGAAAAAAAUCCAAAAAUUCAGCAAAAAAAAAUCCCAAAUUCCUAAAAAUUUGCAAAACCUUCAGGAAGAAACUUCCAAUAAUUCCUUCAAAGUUUCCCUCAAAAGUUUUAUUUUAAGAAACUCCCCCAAAUUUGGGAAGAAAAUUCUAGUAAAUAUUUUCAAAAAAUGAGUAAAAAUCUUCCCAAAAAAUCCUAAAAAUAUCUAAAGUGAUUCCAUAUAUAUCAGUAAAACUUCUAAUAUUUUCUUUAAGAACAUUCACAAAAAAUCAACCAAAAUCCAGCGAAAUUCACUGGAUUUUGGUGGAUUUUUUUUGUGAAUGUUCUUAAGAAGCAUUUUUAACAUUUCUUUUUUCCACCAAAAAAUGUUCAAAGAUUUCCCAGAAAUGUUGAAAAUGUGGACAUCAGAAGUUUCACUGUGAAAAUAUAUUUUUUUCCACAUUUUCAAACUUUAAAUCGGGUCAAUUUUGACCCACAGGACGACACGAGGGUUAAAGUUUACAAAUAAUGUUCCUACAUGAACAUUCGGUCUCAGCCAGUUCCUCCAGGUUUUCAGAAAAAAAAAAAAAAUGAACAUCUACAGUCCAUGAGUCCAUCUGCUGAGGAUGUGAGACGUCCCAAAGGUCAAAAAUAAUGCUACAUGUCCACUAGAUGUGUUUUUCCUGCAUAUAAUAAUGUCACAUGUGAAAAUCUCCUGCUUGGUGGGCGUGUCCUUGAGGCCAGUAGCCAGUGUUCAACUCCUGCUUCCUUCUUCUCCAACUAUCCUGCCCCUGAUUGGAUGAACGCAUCGACUCGGGAGAUGUCAGCUCCUGGGUUUCAAGCUGGCGGCUCGGUCGCAAACUUUCUCUUUUAUUACGAAAACAGUUCACCGAAAAGUAUUUCUGGAAGCAUUUGAGGAGAGAAAUAAUCUGUGCAGCAGCUGAAUCUGUCCUGGUUUUAGUUCACUGAUGGCGAGUUUAAACGUUUGAUGAAAGUUUCGUGAUGCGUUGGACCUCCGCAUACCGCAUCGAAGUUCCAUAAAGUAGAAGCUGAGUCUAUUUUAUGCAAAUGAGCUGCAGGGAGAUGCACCGGAUCGCAGCUGGAAACGCAACACAACCGGACCAGCAUGCAACACGGUGCAUUUCACAUAGACAAUGAAUGGAAUCUAGUGGACACGUACCUUGACUCCUGAAAUGACCUUGUGUUGAUGUUAUUUCUUCUGCUGUUUCCAUAAAUUAGUCCAUGUUCAGUCUCAGAAUAUUCUCGACUUUACUUUGUGGCCACUCUAGUUUCUGAAACUUACUGCCACUCAGAUUGUUUUAUAUCUUUCGUUGUCAGUUUACUUCUCUGUUUCAUAUCGUCCCUGAACUUUUAUUGUCGUCUCAGACUGUCGGAAACAGCUAAGUUGUCGUGGUGAUAAUAAUUCUGUUGUCAGUCAUGUGAAGAGUUUAACUAAAAAGAAGCAUACAGUAUUAAUGUUAAGUAAGCUUUAUUUAUUAAAAUUUGUGUAGAAACAAUCUUUUGUCGGUUGUUGUUUUGAUCCAUAAAUGUGGCAGCAGUUAAAUGUUUCAGUUACUGUGGUGUGAAUGUUUACUCUGAUGCAUUAACAUGUCAUGGAAGAUGAAACGAGGUGAAUAAAUAUAAUUUUUAAAUGAUGUUA